UGUUGUAGUUGGGAGUGUCAUCACUUAUUGACGGCCGCGACCUGCUCGUGAACGAACUAGUUCACCCGCGAACUGUUCGCACUCCAACACACGGUGUUAUUUUAUAAAAAAAAAUAUUUUAAUUAAGUACUCAUAGAUCUGUGCAUUUUAACUUUAUUCAUCACUUAUUUAAAAAAAGGAACGUUUACGUGUAUUAUUUAUAAUUACGGAAAUUGAAUGAAUACGCAAAUUGCGUGCGCAUUUCCUUUGUGAAGUCAACAUUUUGCGCAAAUUGAGUUCUUGGACCAGGGAGAAGCGGCCAGAGGCAGUAGCAGAAAACGGACAAGCAGGCAUUGGUGGAGAACGCAAACAAAUAGAAACAACAACGGGGCUUGACAAACACAGCGCACACAAACAGCAACAAUUCCGAUCAAGAAAUGGCUAAUAUAAUUAGCAAUCACAACAGUAGCAGCAGCAGCAACGGCACCAACUACACAAGCACUAACAAUAAUUUAAACAACGCUAGUAGGAACAGCAGUGGAAUUGGCAGUGCUGGCAGCGAGGUGCAGAAUUUGCGCGAUGUUAUGUCCUGUAAUGUGCUGAACGCGGGAGCAGAAACAGUUCCUGCCAACUAUAUGAUACCAACAGGUGGUUGUGUCUACGACCACAUCAUUGCCAUGAUGAAGGGCCUUGACCUGGAGGAUGAUGGUAUUGUGUUGAACAGGAAGAUAAAGGCCAUAGAAACGGAUUUCUGCAACAUUGUUCGCGACGAAUCGAUGCUGUGUGAAUCCAUGGAGUAUAUGAACGACAAAGCAUUAGGCGAUGGAGAUACUGCACUGAAAUUUGCUCUACUUUUUUCAUCUCGGAACUUCGAUGCGUUGGCUAUGAAGGAGACAAAGGUCCGAAGUGCUAUGCUAAAGAUCCUGGAGACAAAUUUCAUCAACGCAGACGCAUACCGAGAGCAUGACAAGAAUCGUCUGUACAACUCCAUAACACUUUUAGGCGAAUACUAUCAUCGCGUUCGUUUAGCCGACAAUGCUCCUAUUACAAUUUUGGGUGAAUCGCUGCUCAAUCUACUUACAAGGGAGAUCAAUGACACCUCAGUGGUAAUAAAUACUCGAUUGGCGCGUUUGAUUUUAUCACAGAUUACGCUUAAUGGAGAGAUAAUGCGCUCGCGCCAUAAGGUAGAAAUUGACCAACUGCUGUACCAUAUUAGACGCCACCUGAUAAUGCAGCCGGUGCUAACGCCUAAAGUAAAAGCUAUGCUGCUUAUGGUGUUGGAUUUGUUCUACAGCCAUUUUAAACACAUUGGCUUCGAGUUGGAGGCAAUGUACACAGACUACCUGGUUGCUGAGAGUGCGGAAGACGAUGGUAUUAAUAACAAUAGUGUAGCUGUGCAACCGCAGACUCAGUACCAGCAACAACAAGAGUCUCAAAGCGCGUAUAUAGAAGGACAUGGGAGAAGUAACACUGAUAAUACCAGCCAAACAAAUGAGUCCCCCAACGAUUCUUUUGAGUUGCAGCCUACGACGAAGAAAUGGAGCGAGCAAGUCUGUGAAGAUUCGCUCUGUGAUAUUGGUUUUGGCGAGGCGGAUAUUGGUAGUGGCGAUCCCUACAGUCAAGUCAAGCACGAACCAGCACGAGAAAGCAGCAGAAAUUCAAGUAACGAAGGAGGCGUGAAUCGCCAAAGCCGACGCUCAUAUCAGCCGCGCACAUCACCGCGUCCUUUGAAACACCCUCAGGCGGCCAAUGAAGACCGCUCCGAAGGACUCGAUCAAUACUCAUCUGUGGGAAACAGUGAAGAUCGUGAUGAAACUAAGCCUUUACCUAGCUGGCGCAAGACUCGUUUUAAUCGCCCCAUCGAUGGUGAUAAUCAAAACGGACGUUCGCGCAACCAACACCGUCGUUAUAGCGCUAGUUUCGAUGACGACCAUCACAGCGUGCGUAGCGAUGGAGGUAAUUUACGUCUAUAUAGCAUACACGAUCGUCGUAAGCAUUCCCAGGAACGUUAUGAAAGGAAUCUUGGCAGCAACAAUUACAACAGCAUUGUGAACUCCAAUUGGGACCAACGGGAUGAUCGCAGCGAACGCUCAUAUAUUAGCAAUUAUGAGCGUGGCAAUUACAAGCGCGGAGGGCGCUUUCACAAUCGUAAUACGUACGAUAAGCCACCACGGUUCCAAAAGCAGCAGCAACAGCAACAUCACUCACCUCAUGGGCACCAAAAUAAAGACAAUCAGAAGAUUCACAGCGAGACGUGGCGUCGCUCCAAUACGUCCAUAAACAAUUCUUAUCAGGAUGAGAACUGUGCCUACAACUCCAAUGGGCCCGAGUCAAAUAGUCGCAGUUCAUCACGCGCGCGCACACUGCCACGCCCACCAAAAUCACAAAUGGAAGAGGGAGGUCGAAAGUCGAAUGCAUCAUAUCGUUAUAGUCAGAGCCCGGCACGAGGUGGUGGAGCUAUCGGACCACGUAAUUUUAAUUCUCGCUAUAGUAGCCAAAGCAGUUUGGCCAGCGAGGCGUCCAGCACUUUUGAUCGCCGUCAACCCGCCAUGCAUCAUCAGCAGCGUCAUCGCAAUUUCACGCGACGUUCCCAGCCGGAUAUACACCAACCGAAUGCUGAGAACUGGCAGGCCCAGGGAGGCACCAAGGAUGAGACCGAGUUAGUUCGGAAUGCCCAACAAACCACAAAAUACAUGAACUAUUUGUCCGCGCAGAAAUGAGAAAAGGCUCCAGGUCAGCGGCGUCCCCGCGGCAAAAGGACACGUCGUCGCAAAAACAAUAAACAAAAUGCUCUCCCAAAAGAAAUGGAAUGAUUACAAUAAGAACAUUUUGUAUACUAAAUAAGAUUAUAUAUUUACAAACAGAUUUUAUGUCAAGCUUAUGCUGCCCCUUAACCAUUUUGCUCUACCAUAAAAAACUAUUUUUCUUGCUGUUUACUUUUAAA